AUGUUGCACCUCGUUGGAUUGGGCCUCGGCGACCCCACCGACAUCACCGUCAAGGGUUUGCAAACUCUUCGAAACUGCCAGCGUGUCUACUUGGAAUCCUACACGUCCCUCUUGUCCGUCGAUCUCCUCGACUUGGUACGUACGCUUUCGCUCCCUUUCUCUUCGCUACCCUCUCUACCGCCGUCGUUUCGUCCCGUCAGCAACGAUUCUACGGAUGCCCCGUCCUCGAAGCCGACAGAGAACUCGUAGAGAACAACCCCGACCAGAUACUGCCCAAGCACCCCGACGAGAACGUUGCCUUCCUCGUCGUCGGCGAUCCCUUCGCCGCCACUACGCACGCGGACCUCGUCUUGCGAGCUCGGCGGAAAGGUGCCAAGGUACGAACCGCCCGCUCUCUUCCGUCCUCGUUCCAACUUUUUCUCCUCCAGGUAAACGUCGUUCACAAUUCCUCCAUCUUCACCGCCGUCGGCUGUUCCGGCUUGCAGUUGUAUCGUUUCGGACAGACCGUCUCCAUCCCUUGCUGGGACGACCGUUGGCGACCCGACAGCUUCUACGACAAAAUUAUCUCAAACAGACGCGCCGAUCUCCACACGUUGUGUCUCUUGGACAUCAAGGUGAAAGAGCCUACGACCGACAGUAUCGUCAAGAGGAACAAGCAAUACCUCCCGUCCCGCUUCAUGACCGUCUCCGAGGCUGCUGCCCAAUUGUUGAACCUUGUCCGAGAGAACAGCCGACGAAUUCCCAACCAAGAAACAGGUAAACAGCCGUCUCUCGCUUCCCAGUCGCCGCGAACCACCUUUCAUCCACCGUCCGUCUUGUCGUUUCGCAGCGCUCGACGAGUCCGAUCUGGUGGUCGGCUUGGCUCGCGUGGGUUCCCACGAUCAACGUAUCGUCGCUUGCCCUCUCGGCCGAAUGGCUUCCGUCGAUCUGGGCCCUCCUCUUCACUGUUUGAUCGUUCCUGCCGUCCAACUGCAUCCCCUAGAGACGGAAUUUCUACGCACCUGCGAAUGAAGAGACUCUUCCGCCGAUGA